AGGCUCGCAGGCUCGCUCGCUCGCAAAAACCCGCGCGCGACCCAAGGGAACGGAGCGAUGUCCUCCGAGCCGAUGGUGGAGGAUGAGUUCGGUGCGCGGGAUGAGCUGGGGCUGACGGCGGUGACGGAGAAGACCCAGACGGAGGCGCAGGCCUACAGCUCCUACAUGAAGAUGCUGCUGCUGCGCGUGCCGCUGAUCGGGCAGGUGUUGGCUUGGUCUCUCUACUUCCUCGCCAAGUACGCCUUGGGCAUGAAGCACAUUUUGGACGCCAAGUUCGAUUUCAUAAAGGCGAAUCAGCUGGGCUACGUCUUCCUGGCGCUGUGGCUCGUGGGCAUCACCCGGACCUACCUGGCCGUCUGCGCCAACGCCGCGCGCGCCGGCGCGCGCCUGGACCGCCCCGACCAGCAUGUCUACAAGGUCAUGGCGUCCUCUGGGCCGAUGAAGGACGCGCCCUACGUGCUCAUGGCUACCACUGGGCCCGCCGGGCGUUUCAACCGCGCCCAGCGCGCCGCAUUCAACGCCGACGAGUCCAUGCCACUGUUCCUGGCAUACACGCUGGUGACCGGCUGCAUCUUCGGGCCACUUGUUUUGGUACCCCUCCUUAUCUACUGCUACGGCCGCAUCCUCUUCGGCAUCAAGUACACCCAGUCACUCUCCGCACGGGGUGCCGGCUUCAUGCCCGCCGUGAUCGGCGAGAAGUGGAUGGAGGGCUUAGUGCUGAUGGCUGCGAUUCGGGCGCUUCUCAUGUGAGCACGGGCGCUUCUCAUGCCAUCCAAGUGGAUUCCGGGGCUUCUCGAAAUCCACGUUUUGUUUGGUUCGCCAGCUGGACAUGGGUCCAUAAAAGGGUU